AUGUUCAAUUCUCUGUAUCACGCAGGUAAUGGAAGAAUGAAUAACAACGCUUUUGUAUCGGACAUGGAGCUUCAGUUUCCCAUUAUCAACGAACAGAUCAACUCGCCUCUGAUCUUCCACACUAGUAGCGGAUCUACUGAAUCAGAUACGAAAGUAGGAGGAGAUCAGGAAUACAUUUUUGGACCUAGUCCACAACCAAGUGCCAGCAGGUCUGGCAUUUCCAGUGGUUCAGAAGUAAUGGCAUCGACCCGACUUAAAUCCCAUCCAAAGUCCAAAGUUAGGGAAAAAAUUGAACCGAAUCCUGAGUGGUCUGAGGAGUCUAAAUCAAAUAUUCCAUUGAUUCAACGUAGACUUCAGUUGUUUUUGGCAAUGAAUUACCAGGAAGACCCAGAUACUGGUGACUUGAUAUGUAAAUACAACGAAGAUGUCAGUGAUGCACCGCCAGAUCUUGGAAAAUCUCUACAAACAAUAGAAAAACUGAAGAAAGCUUCUACUGACAAAGCUGGGGGGAAUAAACGAUUGCCAGACGAUAACAGCCUUGAGCUUAUUCGCUCCAGUCGAAUUGAAAUCUUGAAGUUUCUAAUCAAUGAUAUUUUACGGGGAUCGGGUUUGAUUCCAAGAGGAGAGAACUGGUACGCUCUGACCCAAUAUGUCUCACUUGCCUCUACAACGCCGUCAUUAUCGGACUUUUCACCCGUCACUUCUUCUGCUUCAUCUGUGUCGUCCACAUUUUCCCACGCGAUGUCAACUCCAUCCCCUCAAAGAUUGUCAGUGGACAUCUUACUAAAUCUCAGCGAUGCUGAAAACAUCUCGGAUCAAACGAACGUCUAUCAGGCCAAAAUAUCGCUACAUUUUAUGAGUACAGCAUGUCAUCCUACUACGAUGAUGAACUUCAAAGACACUUUUUUCCCCACCAUUACGCACAAUUUUAGGUAUUUGACUCCAAAUUCAAAUCCUGGAGGGUUAAAAUAUGUCAAGCUGCCUACUGAUAUGGUACUGCUUACCACAGAAGUUGUUGUUGUAUAA